CAGGAAGUUCGGUUUAGGCUCCUGAGCUUGCUCGGGAUGACCCCGUCCCGGAUCCUGGAUUCAGCCAUAUUCCCACCGAGCACCGAGCGGCGACACCGGCAGCUACAGCUCGAUCCUCCCAAACACCGCCUCUAAUCCCCCGGGAUCCAGCCCAGCCGGACCCGGAGCUCCCGGACGCGGACCAGGACCCGGACCCGGACCCGGACCCGGACUCGGACCGGGACCGAUACAUGGAGCAGCGACGGAAAAGCUGAGAAGUCCGUCCCGACGUCCCCGUUUCCGAGAGGAAAGUCCAGAUUUACCGGAUUAAAGCCGCGGGGCCGCGUCUCGCUCGGUCCUCCAGGAAACGGGUCUACGGUACCGACACAGACUCCCCGACUCCCCGACCCCCGGCCCACCUCGACAUGUCGGGACCGGUCCUCCGGAGCUAACGGGCUAGCCGCGGCUGCUAGCAGGCGGAGCUCGAAGGCAGGAAGCGGAUAAGACCAGGACCCAGCCCCGGUGCCCCUGGUCCCCCCGGUCCCCGGUCAGGAUGUCGGCCCAGGUCCGCCUCAAGGAGCUGGAGGAGCUGCUCCGGGACCCGAAGGAGGCGGGGAACCUGGACCUGGAGGCGCUGCUGGACCUCCUGCUCUGCGUCUACACCGAGUGCUCCACGGGGCCCCUGAGGAGGGAGAAGCACGUCACCGAGUUCCUGCUCUGGGUUAAACCGUUCACUACCAGGGUGAAGGACAUGCGACUGCACAGAGACGACUUUGAGAUGUUGAAGGUGAUUGGACGAGGAGCUUUUGGAGAGGUUGCCGUGGUGAAGAUGAAACACACUGAGAGAGUUUACGCCAUGAAGAUCCUCAAUAAGUGGGAGAUGCUGAAGAGAGCUGAGACGGCGUGUUUCCGUGAGGAGCGUGACGUCCUGGUGAGAGGAGACAGCCAGUGGAUCACAACGCUACAUUACGCCUUCCAGGACGACAACUACCUGUACCUGGUGAUGGACUACUACGUGGGGGGAGACCUCCUGACUCUGCUCAGUAAGUUUGAGGACCGUCUUCCUGAGGACAUGGCCAAGUUCUACGUGGCUGAGAUGGUCCUGGCCAUCCACUCCAUCCACCAGCAGCACUACAUCCACAGGGACAUCAAACCCGACAACGUCCUGCUGGACGUCAACGGACACAUCCGCCUGGCCGACUUCGGCUCCUGUCUCCGCAUGAUGGAGGACGGCACGGUGCAGUCCUCGGUUGCCGUGGGAACCCCAGACUACAUCUCCCCAGAGAUCCUGCAGGCCAUGGAGGACGGGAUGGGCCGGUACGGGCCCGAGUGUGACUGGUGGUCUCUGGGAGUCUGCGUCUACGAGAUGUUGUUUGGAGAAACACCGUUCUACGCCGAGUCCCUGGUGGAGACGUACGGCAAGAUCAUGAACCACCAGGACCGGUUCCAGUUCCCGUCCCAUGUGACUGAUGUCUCUGAGGAUGCCAGAGACCUUGUCCAGCGUCUCCUGUCCCCCAGGGACAUGCGUCUCGGUGUCCACGGUCUCUCUGACUUCCAGAACCACCCGUUCUUCAGAGGCAUCGACUGGGACAACAUCCGGUCCACUGAGGCCCCCUAUGUCCCCGACGUGUCCUCCCCCACUGACACGUCCAACUUCGACGUGGAUGAUGACGUCCUCAAGAACCCGGACAUCAGUCCUCCAGUGUCUCACUCCGGCUUCAUGGGUCAGCACCUCCCCUUCGUGGGCUUCACCUACACCUCAGACCACAGUGGGGGAGCAGGAGCAGGGGGGCAGAGGGAGGAGGACAGGAGGACACGAGGAGGACGGGGACAGGAGGUGGAGGCGUUUGAGAGGAGGAUCCGCCGACUGGAGCAGGAGAAACAGGAGCUGAACAGGAAACUACAAGAGUCCACCCAGGCUCCGUGCGGAGGAGGGACUCUGAGCCGAGAUCAAGAACUGAAGAAGCUGAACGAGGAGAUCGAACGGCUGAAGAAGAAGCUAGCAGACUCUGAUAGGCUGGAGCACCAGCUGGAGGAGGCGGUCACUCUGAGACAGGACUACGAGAGCUCCGCCUCCAAACUGAAGAACCUGGAGAAGCAGGUGAAGACGCUGAGACAGGAGAAGGAUGACGUCCACAAGCAGAUGUCCGACUCCCUGGACCGUCUGAGGACUCAGACCAAGGAGCUGAAGGAGGCGCACUCCCAGAGGAGGACGGCCCUGCAGGAGUUCUCUGAUCUGUCGGAGAAAAUGUCCGAGCUGCGCUCGUCCAAACAGCGUCUGUCCCGUCAGCUCCGGGACAAGGAGGACGAGGUGGACACCCUGCUGCACAAGAUGGACGCCAUGAGACAGGACAUCCGCAAGACGGACAAAAACCGCAGGGAGCUGGAGGCCCAGCUGGAGGAGGCGCGGGCCGAGGCGUUGAAGGAGAGGAAGCUGAGGGAGCACAGCGAGGGUCAGUCCAAGCAGCUGGAGGCGGAGCUUCACAGCCUAAAGUCUCUGCAGGGUCGCGGACCGGCCGCUGGGGGGGCGGAGUUUCAGCAGGAGCUGUCCCGUCUGAAGGCGGAGCUUGACAAAAAGGUCCUGGCCUAUGAGGAGGAGCUCCUGAGGAGAGACUCCGCCCACUCCUCCGAGAUCAAACACCUCCGCAAAGACCUGCAGGACUCUGAGGGGGGGCAGCUCGCCACCAACAAAGAACUGCUCCUGGUCCGGGACCAGCUGGACAAGGCCAAGAGGGACAGACAGGCCGAGUUGGACGAGGUGGUUUCUGUCCUGAAGGACAAACACGAGCGAGAGAAAAACCUCCUGGUGGAGGAGAACCAGAAACUGAGGACAGAGACAGACAAGCUCUGUUCCUUUGUGGACAACCUGACGUCUCAGAACCGGCAGCUGGAGGACGAGCUCCAGGACAUGUCCUCUAAGAAGGACAGCGUGUCCCACUGGGAGGCUCAGAUCGCUGAGAUCAUCCAGUGGGUGAGCGAUGAGAAGGACGCCCGAGGCUACCUCCAGGCCCUGGCGUCCCGGAUGACCGAGGAGCUGGAAACACUGAGGACAUCCAACCUCGGGUCCAGACCUCUGGACCCCCUGUGGAAGGUGCGGCGGAGCCAGAAGUUGGACAUGUCCGUCCGCCUGGAGCUGCAGUCGGCUCUGGACGCUGAGAUCAGAGCGAAGCAGCUGGUCCAGGACGAACUGAGGACACUCAAAGCUGUCCACACCAGCCUGGAGAGUAAGCUGAAGGAGUCUGAGGAGAGGACCAGGGAGAUGGGAGACCAGAUAGAGACCCUCAGGAAGGAGGUGGAGGACAGUCGCUGUCGCUCUGACAAAGGUCUAAAGCUCCAGGACUUCCAGGACUCCAUCUUUGAGUACUUCAACACAUCCCCUCUGGCUCCAGACCUGACCUUCAGAACCACAGAUGCAGACUCCACCCCCCUGAAGUCAGAGACCACGCCCCCCUCGCCCUCCUCUGUGUCCCAACCCGAGGAAGUGAAACCUGGGUCGGUCCCAGCUAGCCCCGCCCUCCCCUACCAGAGCUCAGCGUUGACCACGCCCCUCAAGCCCAAAGCUCAUCAGCUGAGCAUCAAGACGUUCUCCAGCCCCCCUCAGUGCUCCCACUGCACCUCUCUGAUGGUGGGACUCAUCCGCCAGGGAUACGCCUGCGAAGUCUGCUCGUUCAUCUGCCAUGUGUCCUGUAAAGACCACGCCCCCCUGGUCUGUCCAAUCCCAGCAGAGCAGGCCAAGAGGCCACAGGGUGUGGAUGUCCAGAGAGGCAUCGGCACCGCAUACAAGGGCUACGUCAGGGUCCCUAAGCCCAGCGGGGUGAAGAAGGGGUGGCAGAGAGCCUUCGCCGUGGCGUCCGACUGUAAGCUCCUCCUCUACGACGUCCCGGAGGGGAAGUCCACCCAGCCCGGCGUGGCCGCCAGUCUGGUCCUGGACCUCAGGGACGAGGACUUCUCUGUCAGCUCUGUCCUGGCUUCAGAUGUGAUCCACGCCACCAGGAAGGACGUCCCCUGCAUCUUCAGGGUGACGUCGUCCCAGCUGAUGUCUCAACUGUCCUCUGUGUCUCUGCUGGUUCUGGCUGAGACCGAGGCUGAGAAGAAGAAGUGGGUCAGGAUCCUGGAAGGUCUUCAGAACAUCUUGACCCAAAACCGUCUGAAGACCCAACCGGUCCAUGUCCUCCACGAGGCCUACGACUCCUCCCUGCCCAUCAUCAAGACCACGCUGUCUGCCGCACUGCUGGAUCGAGAGAGAAUCGUCCUGGGGACAGAAGAUGGACUCUUUGUCGUGGAUGUCACUAGAGACGUGAUUGUCCGAGCUGCUGACAGUAAGAAGGUCCACCAGAUUGAGCUGGUCCCUGAUCAGAUCGUGGUUGUCCUCUGUGGACGGAACCGUCAAGUCCACCUCCACCCUUGGGGGGUCCUGGACGGAGCCGAGUCCUCCUUCGACGUGAAGCUGGCUGAGACCAAAGGCUGCCAGGCCCUGACCACGGGACUACUCCGGCCCGGGGGCCCCCCCUGCAUCCUGGCCUCCGUCAAACGCCAGGUCUACUGCUACGAGAUCCUCCGGGCCAAACCGUACCAGAAGAAGCUGUGGGAGGUCCAGGCUCCGGGGGUGGUGCAGUGGUUGGGGAUGGUCCGGGACCGGCUUUGUGUGGGUUACCCGUCUGGCUUCGCUCUGCUGGCCCUGCAGGGGGACUCGUCCCCCAUCAGCCUGGUGAACCCGGCAGACCCGUCCCUGGCCUUCCUGGCCCACCAGCCCCUGGACGCCCUGUACGCCCUGGAGGCCGGACCCAGCGAGGUCCUCCUCUGCUUCAGCCAGCUCGGCAUCUACGUGGACGGACAGGGACGCCGGUCCCGGACUCAGGAACUGAUGUGGCCCGCCACUCCUCUGGCUCUGCAGAGCUCUAACUCAUCGCAUCUCAGCGUCUACAGUGAAUACGGAGUGGACGUCUUCGAUAUUCUCACCACUGACUGGGUCCAGACCAUCUCCCUGCGGAAGAUCAGACCUCUGAAUGUUGAAGGGACGUUAAACCUGGUCAACUCAGAACAUCCUCGCCUCCUGUACUUCAGUAACACGUCCUCAGAGGGACAUCUGUCCGUCCCAGAGAAGUCUGACCACAGCAGGAAGUUGAUGGUUCGAACUCGGAGUAAAAGGAAGUUCCUGUUCAAGGUUCCUGAGGAGGAGCGUCUACAGCAGAGGAGGGAGAUGCUGAGGGACCCAGAGCUCCGGUCCAAGAUGAUUUCUAAUCCAACAAACUUCAACCACGUGGCUCAUAUGGGACCAGGAGACGGCAUGCAGGUCCUCAUGGACCUCCCUCUGGGUGGUGAUGUCACCUCCUUUACCUCCUCCCCGUCUCCCUCCCCCUCGUCCUCCUCUUCCCGAAUCCCCCUCAUCUCUCCUCCCUCCAACUUUGAGCACGUCUAUCACAUGACCUUGGCAUCGGCCGGCGCCUUCCUUCAGAAAGAUGCCGCCUCCUCCUCCUCCUCUUCCUCCCAGCAGAGUCUCCUGCAGCCUUCCUCUUCCUCCUCCUCCUCUCCCUCCAUCUCCUCUCUGGGAAGGAGUGUGGUAGCCAAUCAGGAUGACUCCAUCAAGGAUAAGCCCCGCCCCCUGUCCAGCGUCUCCCGGCAACAGAGGAGCAGAAGCCACAUCACCCGCACAGCUUCAGAUUUUGGAGGCGGUGCCGCGUCUGGCACCAUCUGUGAACCAGAGCAGGACCUGGACCGAGAGCCGGACUCGGACUCCACCAAACACUCAACCCCCUCCAACAGCUCCAACCCCAGCAGCCCCCCCAGCCCCAACUCCCCCCACCGCAGUCAGCUGACCCUGGAUGGCCUGGAUGCUGAGCCCUGACUCCACCCCCUUCACCUAUUCAGCCGAGCAAAGUUUAGCAUUUGCUGAAGAUUUUUAUUUUAUUUCGUUCGAUGUUACCUGCUGGUAAGCCCCGCCUCUGAUUUUAACCCCACCCCCUGUUGGUAAGCCCCGCCUCUGAUUUUAACCCACUGCUGGUAAGCCCCGCCUCUGAUUUUAACCCCACCCCCUGCUGGUAGGCCCUGCCCCUGGUUUUUACCCCACCCAUUGCUGACAGCUGCUGUGUGUGACCUUUGACCUUUAUUCUGAUUGGCUCUGUGGGACCAGUCACCUACUUUUCUUCUUCUGUAUUAAGUAACUUCCUCAGCUUUAGCUAGCUGUUAGCUGCCACGCUAACAGACGGGAGGUCUCACUCUGAUGAAAAAACACUGUAUGAAUUAAUUAUAAAGUUUUGUUAAAGUUGCACAUAAUCAUCAUUAUCCUUGUUGCUGUAGGAGAAAAAUGAUCUUUCUGUGUCAGUGAUGAUAUUUCCUGCUGCCCCUCCCCCCCAACACACCUGGCCCCGCCCUCUGCUCAGGUGGAGGCAGUAAUGGGGGGGUUGCACCUGAACACUACUGUUUUGUUUCUUCCAGAUUCACCAGUUAAAGAAUCUUUGUAACAAUAAACUGUUAACAACCAAAAACAAUAAAGAGCCUGAAGAGAG